AUUGCAGCGAUACGGUGCUGAGUGAAAUAAUCCUUUUUCGUUUGAUAAAUCCAGGAUGCAGCAAAUGGAAACCAGUUCAAAAGGUACCGAAGAUCGGGAUGUCGAAGUUACUAUCGUCGACAUUCUUGAUUACGUUGGUGACUCUGUACGGCCAAUCAAGGAAGGAUUUGCGGUUUUCAAUGCAAACCAUAUAGUUUGUCUUGGAUAUCGAACAUUCAAUUCGAGUAAUGUCCAUAUCACAGCAUACGUUACCCAAAGUUCUCAUCCGGGUCAUUCUCCGCACCAAGUCAAUCUCAACUUGGGAUCAUCGGUGGACGAUUGGAAGCUAGGCUGUUCAUGUAAAGCUGGGACGGCGAAGUGUAAGCACAUUAUUGCUUGCCUUCUUCACAUUGAAAAGUACAGGAAGCUGGAGUUUCUUUCGUGCACUGACGUAUCGCAAGCAUGGGGUUUGUCAAAGUCCCAAAAAAUGACACCUUGGGGAGCUAAACGGGUUCAAGAUAUGUGCUGUGCGCCUACUGUUAAAAAAUUAGAAGACAAACACAGUUUGGAGGAAGAAUGCAUAAUUUCCGAGUCAUUCACAAGGAUACUUUCGGGUAAAAACAAUUUGUAAUUUCUAGUUUUUGUACGUAUACUUCGACAUACCAGAAGACCAUUUAUUCUCUUCAAAGAAAUGAUGUUUGAUAAUUUCCCAGUGUCUAAAUAUUACAUUUAAUAAAUACAAUUGAUUCACACCCACUUUAUAUCUAUAUAGCUCAU